UCUCGACUCGCAAACGACGCGACUUCACUCCGAAGUGCGUGUGUUUUAUUCAGUGUGUUUGUUGCCUGUUGUGGCAGAGUGCGACGUAUUGGUGUGCUUCUAUUUGUGUGUGUAUGCGUGAGAGGGCGCCAAGUUAUUGUGUCUUUAGCAACCAGCAGCAGCAACAGCAAACAGCAACAGCGAGAACCAUAAACAGCAACAUUAAACCACCUGCCACGGCGCGUUGCUAUUUUCAAUAGCAAUAAAAAAAACAGACAAAAAAGCAACAGCAAAAGCAAAUAUAUACAUAAACACACUCACGCACAAAGCUGACAGCCACUUCCCACUGACAAUUUGCAUAAAGAAGAAACAACAACUAGACAGCGAAAUUGUCGGAAGUUGUGUUUAAACAGCAUCUGCAGCAAAGGAAAGCGAAAUAAAUUCGCUGCGCGCAUAAGUAGGCAACAGUUUUUUGUUGUUGCGGCCCACAAUGGAAAUGGAUGUCAAUCGCCAGGCACAACACAAUGCCAACCUAAUGACCAUAUCCGCCCGCUGUUGUCCCACCAACAACAAUGCAGCAACAGACACAACAGAAGCAGCAGCAACAACAACAACAACAACAGCCACGUCCUCGUCUUCGUCGCCCUCGUCGUACGGUUGUUGCGGCAUCUUGAGUCGCCUGUUCUGCGUGAGUCGCCACAAGGCGACACGCUUGGUGGCAGGCACUGAAUGCAGCCAAACCGAAACGCUAUUCAUGCAACGCAAAACACUAACGACUCAGCCAGCGGCAGCAGCAUCGCAGCGACGUCGACGCACCCCUCAAGAAAUCUAUUUCGAGAGUCGCGGUAAAUCCUGCAAGAAGCUAUUGAAAUUCAAUGGCAAUUCCAAUAAGAUAUUGCUGUAUCCUGAAGAGGGAUGGGCGCGCACCGCCUCCUCAAGCUACUGGACCAUCACGCCCUGCUGGUGGCAGCCGAAUCGUUGUCGCAUUGUCGAAUGUUCUGGCACGCAACGGCAGGCAACCAGAGCAAGGAUGUUGCCCAUGGAGCAGCAGGGUUCGCUGCUGAUUGCCGGACACUUUCGCAGGCCGCCAAUAACAGCGACAGGCGGUGCAACAACACCAGCAACAGCAACGCCACAAGGCUUCCGUGAUGGAGGGAAUGGAGAUGGUGCGAGAGGAGCGGCGGGAAAUGAAAGUGGAAGCUGUAGUAGAGCGCAGUCAAAGUCAAAAUCACAGAUGGCUUACAAUGAUGAGUUCAAACUGUAUUUGACAUCGAACAUCUCGAUGGAGGACUACAACAUGGGCUACUGCCUCACCGGAUUCGUCGAGCGUCGUUGCCAACAGACAAACACCUUUCAAAUGACACAUUUUGCUGUAAUCAAACGGCAAUGGCCACCACCGUCCAAUCUCAGCAACUCAUAGGCAGGCAGGCAGCCUUGUGAGUACAUCAAGCCAAAUACCCCUUAGUACGUACGUCAGUAUUGAAAGUCCACUCUGUUUUUGGACUAACUAAGCAUAGCUCUUAAGUAGUCCAAUUUGCAACAAUUUGCUGCAACUCUCUGGCCUCGUCAUUACGCUGAACAACUACUAGUGUUAUGGAGCCAUGGAGCAAUAAAAAGUUACAAAAAAAAAAAAAGAAAAGACUAGCAGCGGCCGAAAAAAAAUUACAAAAGUUAGAACGUAAUUACGCCAGGCUGAAAGUUUCCACUUCUCCUUUAAUUUUUGUUAAAUAUUUCUAUGUGUGUAUUAGUGCGUAAUGUGUAAUUUUAACUAAAUGCUCUAGACGUGCUUAAUUCGUGUGCUUUCAAUGUUAUAUGGUAUAAACUACGAAACUGAACAAAACUAAAUAGCAAACAGAAACAAAAUUAAAAAAAAAAUAUAGCGAGACCAAAAAAGUAACUUCGUUAUGCCGAAGCCGAAAUACCCUUGCGGAGAAAAGCCAUUAAAUUAUAGAAAGAGGUAAUCUUUAAUAAAUUUAAAUAAUUUCCACUAUUUACCAUCAAUUUAUUAUUUUUCAUUUCGAUUUCAAUUUACAAAUGAAUUCCGCAUAGCAAAUCUGCAAGGGUGCGAAAAUUCCAAAUACAAAUAACUGCAGAAUAAAAAAAGUAGUAGCUGUUAAAAGCUAAAAUGCAUCUAAACCGCUUUGCUGGCCCCACACACCAACACACUCACACCCUCACGCACACACACAUACUUGCACACUCGUACACAUAUUGCGUUUAAGUCUUGACGCUUGGCCAGCUACUUAAUGCUUAAAAAGUGCAACAAAUUGAAACAUGUGCUUGUCGAAGCAUGUGAUUGUGUGCCAAGAGGCAUGUGUACGUGUGCUCGCAUUUGUGUGGGUGUGAGUGAGUAGUAUACGUGCAUAUGUGUGUGUGUGUGUGUGGCUCUUUCCUUACUACUUAAAGCUCUUCAAGCAGGCGAGCUUUGGCGUAUUGCCUUUAAGCUUAAAUAUGCACAGCGCAUACGAUUGUUUUUCUUUCAUUUUAUAAUUUUAGCUAGCAUCAAUGCGUAUCAGCAUCAAUUAAUAACGCGUAGGAAUGAUUCCGUUAAACAUUAAUUUAAUAACGCUGAUCGCAUUGCAUCGCAUUCUACGCUAUGCUCUAAUCUAUCACUAGAAGACUCACUAAACAAAAACUCUCUUAUCUCGUACAUUCUCUCACACUUUUUGAGCAUAAACCGCAACGUAUAUCAACAAUUCGUCCAAUAAUUGGAGUCUUUCGGCGCAACAAAUGGCUUUACAGCCACUACAAGGCCGAAGCUCCAAUUGCCAAAAACCCUAAGUGUUAAAAAUGGCAAAAAGAACCGAAAACCAAAAGAAAAUGACAACUUAAACCAAAGUUAAUUAAGUAGAUACAAAAAAAAAGAAAAACAAACAAAAGAAAAAAUAGAAUUUUAAGUGCUAUGCAAAUCAAAGCCAAAAAAUAUUUACAAAGAUAGAACUUAAAUAUUAGUAAACUGAAC